GGCGAAGAUGACAGUGGAAGGUCGCAGAGUGUUGUGUUUUUUCGUUUUGGUGACUUGUAUCUCUGGAGAUGGAUAUUUUUUGCGGAAGGCUUUCUACAAACCGGAAUCGAUUUUGGAAAGCCCCAACGAUGUGAUAAUCACGAAAAACACAAAACUCAUCGAGGAGCAUUCAGCGAACCUUUCGAAACAAUCUAAGAAACCAUUGACGUACUGGCUGGGCAGCAAACUAAUCCGCUCACCCAUGAAAACAAUCGACAAUAUGGUGAUGGAGAACACCAUAGAAUCGAAACCGUUAACGAUAAGGAGAAACUUGUCAAGUAAUGCGAGCGACCAGCUUUUUUCUAGACCAGAAAAGGCAAAUGUAAUCGAUUGGUUUUUAGGAUUGGUGGGGGUUCAGAAACCUGAUCCGAACGCCCCUACUGAUGAGACUGUCACUCCCCCGAAGGAUUGCCCAACUUGCAGAUGCGGUCAAACAUAUGAGCAUAUAAGAAUAGUAGGAGGCAUUGAAACAAUGGUCAACGAAUACCCCUGGAUGACAGCCCUUCUAUAUAACAAUCGUUUCUAUUGCGGUGCCACUCUGAUUAAUAACAAAUAUUGUUUGACAGCAGCCCAUUGCGUCAACGGGUUCAAUAAGGACAAAAUUACAGCAGUGUUCUUGGACCAUGAUAGAUCAGAUGCAUUUGAAACGAAAACAAUCACGAGGAAGUUGAAAAAUAUCUACAGGCAUAGGGGAUAUGGUAGUGGUAGCAACUACAACAACGACGUGGCCAUUUUGCAUCUGGAACAAGAGGUGCCUAUGACAGGCAGACUGAAACCUGUCUGUCUACCACCAACUGGAAAAAGUUUCACCGGAUUCACAGGUAUUGUGACUGGAUGGGGCGCAACCAAAGCACAGGGUCAAACAUCUAGUAAAUUGCAAGAAGUUAAAGUUCCAAUCAUUUCCAACAUCGACUGCAAAAAAACAGGCUAUUCCAACAGGAUAACAGAUAAUAUGAUGUGCGCAGGAUAUCCAAAUGGACAAAAAGAUUCUUGUCAGGGGGACAGUGGCGGUCCUCUUCAUGUAAAGAAUGGGUCAUUUCAUCAAAUAGUUGGUAUCGUUUCUUGGGGUGAGGGGUGUGCCCAACCCAACUACCCUGGAGUAUACACCAGGGUAAAUAGGUACGUUUCUUGGAUAAAAAGUAAUACCCGUGAUGCGUGCUACUGUAACUGAACUACUGUUAAUUAUUUAAUUAUAUAAUAAAUAUUUAUUUUCUA